AUUGUUAUUGUCUUCUUUGUCUUCACAAAUAAGUGUGCAUUUUUUAAAGUAUUUUUUUCUCUGAUCUUGAAAAAUGUCCAAGUAUAUAUUUACUGGCUCUAAUUCGGAUUGAUAUCAAAAUUGGUAGUGUCGCCCAUUUCUAUUAUACAGUAGUACUGUCGAAUUAUUUAUAUUAAAUGUAUUCAUACAGUAUGUUUUGACUUUAUAUUUAAAUUAAUUUAAUAUUUAACUUAUAUUUGAUCUCUUUAUUAAAAUAUUUUUCGAUAUUUAUUAUUACUAUAACUUAUUUAGACACAUCUUUUUUUAUCACUCCAUAAGCCAUCUCUAUCUAUCGUUACUCAUUUUCUUUUCUCCACUCCACUUAGAAACUGGUAACAUUCAAACACAGGGUUUUUUUUAAUAACAUACAAAUACACAAAUUAUUCAAUUACAGUAAAUAUAUUUCGUUAACGUCCACCUCUGCUGACAAAUAACCUUUAAUUUUGUGUCAUCAAGCAAAAACAGACCCGCUGUAGCGCCGUUGCCUAGGUAACCGAUCACACGCCAACUGUGUUGUCAUGGCGCGUGUUUACGUCCUCGACGUCGACAGCUAGGGGAAAGGUAAUAGAGUUCCAGUUUUUAUUAUAUUAUAACUAUUAUGAAAAUUAGUCGGGCGUGUUUACAGGUGGCACAAUGGUGAGGAGAAAUAGGAGAAACAACACAGAUUCCGAGUCUUCGAGCAGGGCCACGUUUGAAUCGCUUCGCGUUGAAUUCAAAACGCCGGCAACUGCAGUUCUUCUUCUGGGAUCACCUGAAGAAGACAUUUUAAUCGUAGCAUGUGAAGCCAUCUACGAAUUUGCUGAGGAAGGAGAUGCUAACAAGGUUAAUUUGAUGGAGCUUGGCGCAUUGGAGGCUCUCGGUCAGCUCAUCAAUCACAGCAACAAGAUAAUCAGACGCAAUGCAAUCAUUGGACUGGGCGUCAUGGCUACCAAUAGUACAGUGAGGAGUACCCUGCAAAACAUUAAUGUUAUUCCAUCAAUCAUUGGCAGGCUGUCGCUUGACGACACUGCCAUCCACGAGUUUGGGACCCUGUGCCUGUCCUGUCUGUCCACGGAACCCUGCUGUAAACUCCAAAUCGUUGACAACAAAGGUCUGCCACUAUUGCUCAAGCUCCUUUCCAAUUCAGACCCAGAUGUUCAGAAGAAUUCUCUGGAGACCAUCUACAACUUGGUUGAAGACGAGCAAAUCUGCCCCGCUCUUAUGGAGUUGCGCGGGAUAAGUAAUCUACUCCUGCUGCUCAAGUCAGCGUUCAGCAUCAUUCAGCUGCUGGCUUUGAAAACACUGCAUAAACUGGCUGCCAAAUGCAAAGAUACCCAAAGCACCUUCAGGGAAGAGGCGGCGUUCGACAUAUUCAUCAAUAUCCUCAAUGACAAGGAUUUAACUGACCUCCAUGCUGAGACCCUGCAGGUUCUAGCCUACUGUAUGAGCGACAUUGAGAGUUUCAAGGUGAUCCAGGAUACAGGAGGAAUCGCCACGCUGACGGAGCUUGUCCUGACCACCAAACUGUCCGAAGGCAAUUCUACUUCCUUGAAAUGCAGCAAUAAUGAAAUCCCGUCCUUGGCUGUGAACUGCAUCGCCAGGGCUGCUCAGAACUCUGACCUGCACCAAUUCCUGCAUGACCAAAAGGUUGAGAAAGUUCUGGUAGAUUUUCUGUCUUCUGGGGCCAACGACGGUGCAAAAACAUACGCAUGUGAAGCUGUGGCCACUUUGAGCUCCUUCCUGCCCAGCAAAGACGUCUUCAGAGAUUUAGGUGGUAUACCUGCUGUAGUGCGCUUACUGAAGGCUAAGAGUUCAGUGAUAAGAGAUCAUGUUAUCCAGACCCUCGCCAACCUCACAUCUGGAAACUCUCUCAACACUAUGGCAGUAUAUAAGGCAGGAGGACAUAAGAUGCUUGUGCUGAGGCUUAGCGACACUUGUCCUAAGCUCGUGGCCAAUUCUGUAGCCAUACUCGGCAGGAUGGCGGCACAGGAAGAAAUACGAUGUAAAGUGAUAUCGCAGGGAGUCGUACCGGCGCUGGUGGACCCUUUAAAAUCGACAGACACGGAGGUCCUGAUCAGUACCUUGCUGUGUAUCUGUGAACUGGCCUUUGAGGAAGAGGCCAGAGAAAAGCUGCAAAGCGCUGGGUGUCUCGAACCAAUGGUCAGUUUGCUGCGUUCCAGUCACAUGGAGGUGCUGCGCUGCGCAUGCAUGGCGGUCAGUGUGUGUGCAAAGGAUGAGCCCACUGCUCUGGAAAUGUGCCAUUUUGGAGCCUUGGAAAUCCUUCAAGAAAUCAACUUGUCAAUUAAUCGUAGGAGCAAGUUCACAGAGUACGCCUUGAUCAGCCUGCUCAAGUACAACCUGUCUCUCAAAUACCGCCUGCUUGGUUAUUUGACCACCGGUGAUACCAUCACCAAUGGCUUCUAUGAUACUGGGAAGGUUUGGUUUGGUCAGAAGGUUUUGACCUUAGAAGAACUGUCCAUGGAGCCAAUAGAUGAAGAGCGGCCUGUCAUUGUCAUCAACUCAAAUGUGAGCGAUGAAGCACAACAGAAAAAUGAGGCUCAGUCGCAGUCUUCACAAGAGAGAAACAGUUCGAUGGAUGAUGUCUCAUUGCAGUUUCUAGUUAAAGAGGUCAAAGAGUCCGAGCUGCUAUUGAAAAAUGAAGAGGAACAAUAUGCUGCCUUGGCAUGGUAUGUAAGCGCUGCCAUGGGCGGAGCAAUUGAGAGAGAAGAGUUGGACACAUUUGCAUGGACGCAGCAUCUUGAUGAGCUCAAACAUCAGGUGGAGUGUAACGUGAUCCCUAUUGGCAUGAUCAGAAAAGGAAUCCAUUGUCACAGGGCACUUCUUUUCAAGUACUUGGCUGAUUGCAUUGGCAUGAGGUGUACCCUGGUUCGAGGUGAGUACAACCGAGCCUGGAAUGAAGUACUCAUCUACAAAGGAGAUUCCUCCAGCAACGAAAACUCUUCACAGCCAUGUUGCUACAUUGUGGACCUCAUGCACCAGCCUGGGAAUUUACUGGAGGUCAAUAGUCCUGCUGCUAGUGAUUAUCAAAGUCUAUAG